AUGGCAGCAGCUUUCUGCAUUGCUGCAUUUCUGAUUUCUCUCUACAUUGCACAUUUUGUAUAUAAAUGGAGAAAUCCCAAAUGCAAUGGAUUACUUCCACCAGGUUCAAUGGGAUGGCCACUCCUUGGUGAAACUCUUCAAUUCUUUGCUCCUACUUCGACUUUCGACAUUAAUCCUUUCGUCAAGCAAAGAAUGAAGAGAUAUGGUCCAAUUUUUAAAACUAGCUUGGUGGGAAGGCCUGUUAUAGUGUCUGCAGACUCAGAUCUUAACUACUUCAUCUUUCAACAAGAGGGCCAAUCUUUUCAGAGUUGGUAUCCUGAUACUUUCACUGAGAUCUUUGGAAGACAGAAUGUGGGCUCUCUCCAUGGUUUCAUGUACAAGUACCUUAAGAACAUGGUUCUAAAUCUGUUUGGUCCAGAAGGCCUUAAGAGAAUGCUUCCUGAGGUUGAAAUGGCAGCUAAUAGAGAUUUAAAAAGGUGGUCUACACAAAAUUCUGUUGAGCUGAAAGAUGCAACAGCAAGUUUGAUAUUUGAUCUCACUGCAAAGAAACUGAUAAGCUAUGAUCCCGAGAAGUCGUCCGAGAACCUCAGGAAAAAUUUUGUAGCUUUCAUCCAGGGCUUAAUUUCUUUCCCUCUAAACAUUCCUGGAACAGCUUAUCACAAGUGUUUAAAGGGAAGGAAGAGAGCAAUGAAAAAGUUGAAGGCCAUGUUGCAAGAAAGACGGGCGAAUCCCAGAAAGCAACAAAGCGAUUUCUUUGAUUAUGUUCUGCAAGAACUAGACAGGGAGGAUACACUUCUUACAGAGGGAAUUGCUCUGGAUUUGAUGUUUGUGCUUCUCUUUGCCAGCUUUGAGACCACUUCCCUGGCUUUAACUUUAGCAGUAAAGUUGUUAGCGGAAAAUCCAUCUGCAUUAAAAGAAUUAACGGCCGAGCAUGAAGCAAUAAUAAGGAAGAGGGAAAAUCCUGAUUCUUCUCUAACCUGGAGUGAAUUCAAGUCCAUGACAUUUACAUUUCAGGUAAUCAAUGAAACAGUAAGGUUGGCAAAUAUUGUUCCCGGAAUUUUCAGAAAAGCACUUAAAGAUAUCCACUUCAAAGGUUACACCAUUCCGGCUGGUUGGGCUGUUAUGGCUUGUCCUCCGGCUGUGCACCUAAAUCCCUCCAGAUAUAAAGAUCCCCUCGAGUUCAAUCCAUGGAGAUGGCAGGGAAUCGAUAUGAACGGUGCAACUAGAAACUUCAUGGCAUUUGGAGGGGGGAUGAGAUUCUGUGUUGGUACAGAUUUCACAAAAUUGCAGAUGGCCGUCUUUCUUCACUGUUUGGUCACCAAGUACAAGUGCCAAGCUAUCAGUGGAGGAGAAAUACUACGAACUCCAGGACUGCAAUUUCCAAACGGUUUUUUUGUUCAGCUCUCUGAAAAAGUUCAAUCAGGGCAGGAACAACAACAAUGUAUGAUAUGA